ACCCGACGCUCCAGGUCGUGAAACUUUUUACUACUUACUACGAGAACAGUAUACAACAAUUUGCUGCAAGAUAAAACUUUUUUAGAUGUUUGGGUUUCAACCUAAUUUUACUAUACUAUAACAGAAUACUUACGACACUACGUGGAUAAAAACCUACAAGACUGGGAUAAAUACCUACGUUCCUUUUGCUAUGUUAGUUUACAACACCACAUUCGACCACGGAGCGUCAACCGUACGAACUUGUCGGUGGUAUAGACCAGCGGAAGUUCCGAAUUCCCUAUCUCGAACCGAAAAAGUCCGGUAUAAUUACGAUGACUGUGGCUUCGAAUUGAAACAACGGCUACAGCAAGCGCGCGACAAUCGUAGAGGAAAAAAUAAAUCAAAAGCGGUGUGCAAUCGAACAGCUAAACACAUCACGGUCCAUAUCGGAGAUAAGGUACUAACAAUAUUGCAUACGAAAAAAGGCAAGUUGAGCGGCAAGUGGCAAAGGCCAUUCGAGGUCAUAGGACACGGAAAAUAUAAUUAUUCGGAAGGGGGACGAAAGGAAGUCAAAGUCCAUACCAACGAAGCAAAACUCUUCAAUGAGUGACAUCAGAAAAAUGGUCUAUGUAUUUACCAAGUAGAUAAAAUUGACUUUCAGAAAAGGUGCUAGACUUAUAUAUCGGAGCAAGUUUACUAGGAAAAAGAGAGGCCAUAGACUAGAACAAAGGAAAAAAGAAAAAAAAACAGCUUAGUUAAACAAAUAGCUCACUCGCUACGCUCGGAAUUUAAAAUGAAGUGAAAGAAUACAUAGAAAAAAAAAUUAUACAAAUUGGUUGUUUUACAUAGCGCAAAGAAAUAAUUUAUUUUAAUAGGAGAG